ACGAAAUAACAAGGAAACGCAAUCCAACAACCAUUUCCAAAUAAACAAAUGAAGUCCCGUCCAUCUAGGAUAAUUAAAAUAGCUUGCUAAUUCAGCUUAUGGAUCCGGAUUACAGAUUCAACAACCCCACCCACUUAAGAUAUUAGUUAUAUGUUCUUCAGACAAUUAGUGUUAAUAUCAGCGUUCAAGAAGGCGCGCCUAGGCGUGCGCCUAGGCUUAAAAAAGCUCAAGGCGCUGAAGCAACGCUGUGCUUUUGUUAAUAGCGCUGUAAAAAGCGCUUAAUGCGCCUAAUAGCUAUUAAUGGACGCCUAAUAGGAGACAAAUGGGGCCUAGGCGCGAUUAAUGGGGGCCUAGGCAUUUUUUAUCAGCCGCUGGAAUUAUCACAGCACAGAGUCGUUUUGAUCUCCACAAUUCAACGCUACGUUUUGGCUUCUAGUGGGCAUUGGUAAGUCUUCUCCAUCUCAGUUUCUCAUAAUCAAUCGGAGCCCAAACCUUAAUUCCCUCUUCGUCUUCCUCCAUCCCAUGAUUCUAGGUUAGAUACGAAGCUCGUCGGCCGCCUCUUUUCUGUACUGAAGCUCGAAAGCAGUCGGAGAAGCUCUUCGUCACUCGGGUGCUGGCCGCAAAGAGAAGCUCGUCUCACCUCUGUAAGUACCAUGUUCUGUUCUGUUCUCGUUCGUCGUAGGUGAGGGAACAGAAAUCAAACAAAGGAAAACCAAAACUCACCUGAAUGAAACCUGGUUUUUUAUAUUCUAAAACCAAAACUCGUUGCUUUGCCUAUGUUAACUUUGUGUGUUGAACUUGUGAUUGUUACUGCAAAAUGAGUUGGGGCAGCAUGAGUUUUGUCGAGCUUUGUCUCUGUUUCCUUUGUUCAAUUUCUAUACUUAUAUUUUGGAUUGUUAUUGCUAGUUGUAGCUUUGCUGGUGGACGCCAAAAAGACAAAAACCCUUGUCCUUUUUUUUGCUUUUGCAUCAAAGAAGCUCGUUAAAUGAUGAAAGAAUGGAAUGGGUGGGACAUGAUUAGUUUAUUGUGUGUCUGUUACUUUCUAUUCUAUAGUUUAUUAGUCAUUCUUAGUUCAAGGAUUGUUUAAGUGUUUACUGUUAUGGACUAUUGUUUAGUAUUUCGACAUUUUAAGAACUUGUGAUUCUAGGAAGUGAUCACUAUUUGCUUGUUAUUUGUUAUGUUAAGUGUUUACUGUUAAGAUUUAAGAACUAGGCAUUGCUAAGUUUAUAUGCACUUGGAUCAUAUGAAGUAUUCCAGGAAACAUGAAAUAUUUGAUAAUUUUUUCCAUUUCUAAUCUGAACGCCUAGGCGCGCCUAGGCUACGCCUAAUCAGGCAAGGCACAAGUCAGGAGCCGAGCGCCUGCCUUACGCCUAGCGCUUUUUUGAACCUUGGUUAAUAUAUGGAAUUAACAGAAUAAUCAGUUCUCUAAACUAAGCUCCCCACGAUUAUUAGUAUUUAGUAUGAUCAAUUCUUUGUGGACUUGGCAACUACAAAGUGGCUUAUAUAUUUAUUUUUUAAUUUUAACAGAAGUAAUCUUAUAAAUUUCUCUAUUCUAUUUAAGUUUAUUUUAUAUUUUUAUUUGACGUAGGCGUCGCUUUUGAAAGUCAGCAAAAGGAGAAAAUUCCUAACCCCGCGGGCCCCGCAUCCCACAAAGCCCGAAAUCCGAAUAUCCAAAUAACCAACAGUCCAAUCCAACACACCGCCCACCGAACCAAAGGCUUCACCAACUCCCGACCGGACAUCAUCCCGGUCCAACCCACCACCGGUUCAAAAAGUCCCCUCCCUCCCUCCAAUUUCCAUUAUAUAUGGGUCGAUUGCUUUCCCAAAAGUUCCCAAACAGCUUCUCAUCACACUUCUUGGUCAUUCCAAUUCCUCUCCGAAAGCUCCAUCCAAUCACACACACAGGGAAACAAAAUCCCCCAAAGCAAUGGCGGAAGAGCAGCAGAGCAGCACCGUCAGUCGGCACUCAGAAGUCGGCCACAAGAGUCUCCUCCAGAGCGACGCCCUUUACCAGUACAUUCUGGAGACGAGUGUUUACCCUAGAGAGCCAGAAGCCAUGAAGGAGCUGAGGGACAUCACCGCCAAGCAUCCAUGGAAUCUGAUGACGACGUCCGCCGACGAAGGCCAAUUCCUGAGCAUGUUGUUGAAGUUGAUCAAUGCCAAGAACACCAUGGAGAUCGGCGUCUACACCGGAUACUCCCUCCUCGCCACCGCCCUCGCCCUUCCGGACGACGGCAAGAUCUUGGCGAUGGAUAUCAACAGGGAGAACUACGAGCUGGGGCUGCCUGUGAUCGAGAAAGCCGGCGUUGCUCACAAGAUCGAGUUCAGAGAAGGCCCUGCCCUCCCCGUUCUUGACCAGAUGCUUGAAGACAAAGCCAACCACGGGAGCUACGACUUCAUCUUCGUGGACGCGGACAAGGACAACUACAUCAACUACCACAAGAGGCUGAUCGACCUGGUGAAGGUGGGUGGGGUGAUCGGCUACGACAACACCCUGUGGAACGGAUCUGUGGCCCAGCCGGCUGAUGCUCCCAUGAGGAAGUAUGUCAGGUACUACCGCGACUUCGUCAUGGAGCUCAACAAGGCCCUCGCUGCUGACCCUAGGAUCGAGAUCUGCAUGCUCCCCGUCGGCGAUGGGAUCACUCUCUGCCGUCGGAUCACCUAAGCCUGCAUCUUUCCCGGCCCGGGAAUUAUUACUUCAUUUCACCCCUUUGUGUUUCCCUUUCUCUUUUUUCCCCACAUUAUCCUGCCUGCUCUGCUCUGCUCUGCUCUGUAUUAUUCGAAUAACUCGAAAACAUUGUAUUAUUCUUAACUAUCCAUGACAAUGAAUCAUGGAAAUGCUCAUUAUCCCCCAAGUUGUGAAUAACUCUAGUUGCGAGGAAUCGAUCAUUGAAAUAUAGAGACAUUUUGCCUUGCAGUUUGCGAUGUGGCUGAGACGUGCAAGCCAAAUCAUCAUGUUCAAUCGAACAAUCCCUAUAAACUUUAUCUUUCCCACCACACACACAUCAAUCAAUAGUUUAUUAUUUUCAUUCCAAUGUGAAAACCAAUCUUGCUAUGUUGCUCACAAUCUAUUUACGAAAACAUGCUCAUCAUAAAGCGUGCAGUGAGCUUAACGUACCAUUUGAUCUUAGGAACAUAAUCUCAGAAAACAUAUACAAUAUUGUUUGUCGGUUACUGCCGUAUAGAUAUAUCUCCUUAUUAAUAAAGUAGAGAUAUAUAUGGAGAUAUGUUGUGACGAACCAUCCAUCACGUAUAUGAGUAAAAGAAGAGAAAUGAUAGAAAGAGCCAGCAGGAGGAAUAAUAAGGUUGUCCAUCUCUGUCCAGUGAUACAAAAUAUUAAUAUUAGUUGGUUGGGUUAGUGGGUAAAGACAUUUUUGUCAAGUUUGGUGAGCUUCCUUCACCAACAACCUCCACCAACCUUUUUAUGGGUGUUCCUUAUCAUAAUACUACUGCACGUUCAUACCAAAAUUUUAAGGGUAAAUACCAUUUAAUAUCCAAACCUUUCAUUUCGAAAAUAAUUUAAUAUCCAAAUCGUCAACUUUCCGUUUGUUUGACCGUUAGUUGACACUUCAAAAAAGUUCGAAGUACGACGCUUCAUCAAUAUCCAUCGAUAUCUUCUCUGAAAAACCACCAACAUAUCGUGGUUCCAAACCCGAGAAGUCCAUGACUCCACCAUGAUGGUAUAGAAUAUCUAAAUAUACAGUCAUCUGCAAUGCCAAAACAAGAAAACAAAGUUGUAUUGUGACAAUUUCCCCUAAACAAAGCUUUUUGGAAGUGUCAAACGGACGGAAAGUUGAGGAUUUGGAUAUUAGAUUGUUUUCGAAAAGGUUUGGCUAUUAUAUUGUUUAAAAUGAAAGGUUUGGAUAUUAAAUUGUAUUUACCCAAAUUUUAAAUAUAAGAAACGGUUUUUUUGUUCCCAUUGGAUCUCUUUUCUAUUCUCCUUGUGCAGUGUGGUAUCUAUUGUGGAUAAUUGUUCACGUAUACUAUUUUCUUGCAACACAAGCAAACAUAUAAGAUUAAGAAAGCAUGCAAAGACACAUGCAAGUGUCCUAGCCGAUAGAAUUCACUAUUUCUCCUUAAAAAAUCUUAUUCCCCUCUAGUACACAAGGUUAUGGAAGGAUUCCUCCCGGGAUAGAAAGGAUGUCCCCUUUCCGGCGUAGCGGUACCUCAAACCCCGGAAACCAUCAAACACAGCGAACCGGCAAGAACCACACUUGACUCUAUUUUCUCUUUGAAAAAGAAUGCAUAAAAACUAGUUUUGGAUUUUAGCAGAGUUUUGGUACCGGAAAAACGUGUAUUUCUCGUAGUAAAAACUAGAGGAGGUAUGGUGUUAUUUAUAGAGAAUGAAGGGGUGCGUAAGAAGGGAGGCAACUCUUCAUAUGGGUGGUUACACCCCAAUAAACACAUUGGUUCGUU